AUGAAGCAUCGAAGCAAACCCAUCUUCAUCAUUUCUUGUUUUCUAGUUUUUGUACUUCUGUUCACGCAUUCGACAAUAUCAGUCGUCAAAGCUCAAGAAGUUGAGGAUGAGAGAGAUUUUGAUUAUGUUGAGGGAAGCAAGAAGGGGCCAGCUUACUGGGGAGAGAUCAAGAAAGAAUGGGCAGCAUGCAAACAUGGAGGCAUGCAAUCUCCAAUAGAUUUGCCAGGUAAGAGUUUUCAAAUACUCCCAAGCUUAGUGGAGCUAAAGAGGACUUACAAGCCUUCUAAUGCCACUCUCAAGAAUAGAGGCCAUGACAUUAAGCUUGAGUGGGCAGGGAACGCCGGAUCGAUUGAGAUCAAUGGCAUUCAGUAUUUCUUAAAACAAAGCCACUGGCACUCUCCCUCCGAGCAUUCCAUUAAUGGCAAGAGGUAUGAUAUGGAGCUCCACAUGGUUUAUCAAAGCUCGGAUCCGAAAGUGGAAAGCAAUACUGCUGUUGUUGGAGUCCUCUACCAGAUUGGUCGCCCUGAUGCCUUCCUCUCAAAGUUGACGAGGGAUAUAGCAUCUUUGACUGAUAAAAAGAUAGAGAGAAGCGUUGGGGUGAUUGAUCCUGCAGAAAUAGCAGAAUUGGAUGGCAAAAACUACUACAGAUACAUAGGCUCACUCACCAUUCCUCCAUGCACUGAAGGCGUUAUUUGGAUCAUGAGCAAACAAUUUGGGACAGUUUCAAGAGAACAGAUAGACCUACUUCGAGUGUCUGUGUAUGAUGUAAGUGGCUGUCUGUGCUUCCAGCCUUUGAUUACAUAG